AUGUUCGGUAACGGAGGGUUAGCUCUCCCGGUCUGCUCCUUUCUGCUGCUGCAGCUCCCGCUUCUCCUGCUGGCGAACAACUGGCCCGUUAAGGAGGAGGUGUUUCAAUGGUGGGGGGAAUGGUCCAGUUGGUCUUCUUGUUCCAGGAGCUGUGGAGGAGGAGUGAGGAGUCAGGAGAGACACUGUCUAAUACAGAGACUGUCAACCACACAGAACAACAGCUCAUACUGUGUUGGCUCUCCUAAACAGUACCAGCUCUGUCCAAACCAGCCCUGUCCCAGCCCCAGUGUUAGCUUCAAACAGCACCAGUGUUCCCAAUUUAACUCCAAAGCCUUUGGAAGAAGAUACUACCACUGGGUACCUCUUUACCCAGCUGAUUACAUCAGCAUCUCCAAUAAGCCAUGUGACCUGCAGUGUACAACCAUCAGUGGUGAGCGACAGCUCCUAGUUCCUGCCCACGAUGGUACAUUCUGCCGGGAUACUAAAUACCAUGGCGUCUGUAUAGAGGGAAUAUGUCAGCCUGUAGGAUGUGAUGGGGAGCUGUACAGCAGUAAGGCAGUGGAUAGAUGUGGAGUGUGUGGAGGCAACGGGGCGUCAUGCCAGCGCAUCUCUGGAUCAUACAGGACGGCACUCACACAGUUAGGCUAUGUGUUCAUCACCAACAUCCCCGCUGGAGCCACUGACAUUCAGAUCAUAGAGAGACACAAGACUGAGAACAUCCUGGCCCUGUCGGACGAACAUGGACAUUUCUUCUUUAAUGGAAACACAGUGUUCGACAACCCACAAAACUUCCGUGUGGCAGGAUCAGUGUUCAAAUACAGACGUCCAAGCAAUGUGUUCUCUGAUGGGCUGGAGUACAUCAUUGCACAGGGACCAACACUGCAGGGCCUCAAUGUUAUGUACUACAACUUGAAUGGGAAGCUCCCCCACAUCACCUACGAGUACACCAUCCCCCUCGAGUCUUAUGACAUCACUGCUGCAGAGGGUGUCACUACAAGCCCUGGCCACUCCCACCUUAACUUCACCUAUAAUGAGGUAAGUGGGUAUGUAGGUGGGCAUCAUAUUAAGAACCACAGCGGGGCGUUUGUGACAUCUCGCCAUCCCUACAACGCCCAGCUGGGAGCUGAUGACCAGUCAGAUAUUCAGCUGUCAGAAGAAGAAGAGGAGGAGGAGGAGGAAGUUGUGUGGGAAAUCAGGACGCCCAGCCCUCCACCGCCAGCGGCCAUGUUGGUCUACAGACCAGCCGAUGUCACCAGUCAUGUGUUCACCCACAAUGAUGUGGAAGAGCAGGGACCUCCUGCGCCAUCGGGUUACCGGAGUUCCUCCAAUUCAAUUGAUGAGCCGUCCACUGUGGACGAAAACACACUGGUGCUCUCUUUUCCAGGUAGUGUUCAUUCAGCAGCUCUGCCUGAAGAAGCCCCGUAUCUGCUGCUGGAGGAGCUACAAUACAACCAGACCCACUCAAACACACACACCCUCACACAGUCAAACAAAUACUCUGUCACACAUACCCUCCCUGAGCCUCAUUCACCAGCAGAAACACAAGCGGAUACAUUGUCUCCCGCAGCCUCAGAAACACACACCGACACACAGCUGGAAAAACACUCAGACACACAUUCGGUUAUGCACACAGAAACAGAACUCGUCUCACACUCAGACUCACACACUGCCAUCUUGGUGCAGCUGCAGCAGGUGUCUGCAGUCCAGGCAGCCAACACAGAGAGCAAUGACUUUGAUGUGGGUCUUGAACCAGAUAUUAGUCUGGCAGACAUGUAUCGUUGGAAGGUUUCUGCUUAUGCUCCGUGCAGCUCAACCUGUACAACAGGUAUCACCACUAGUUAUGCCCUGUGUGUUCGUUAUGAUGGAACUGAAGUGGACGACAGUUACUGUGACUCUCUGACUAGGCCAGAGCCCACCCAUGAGUUCUGCACCGGGAAGGAAUGUCCUCCAAGGUGGGAGACCAGUGGUUGGAGCGAGUGCUCUCGAACCUGUGGUGAGGGAGUUCAGUACCGCACUGUGCGCUGCUGGAAGAUGCUGUCGCCAGGUCUUGACUCCUCCGUCUAUGAUUCACUGUGUCUGGCACAUGACCUGCACAAACCUGCAAACAGAAAGGUCUGCCUCGGCCAGAGCUGUGGACCACAGUGGGAGGUGUCUGACUGGUCACAGUGCUCGGCACGUUGUGGCUCGCGUGGUGUUCGGACCCGGGAGGUUCGAUGCUCCAUGGAGAUGAGACUAUGUAACAAGUCCUCUCAGCCAAUAGAAAAUCAGGAGUGUGAGGGCCCGCCCUGUGACAGAAGGUGGACAGUUUCCGACUGGGGACCUUGCUCAGGUGUGUGUGGAGAGGGACGGAUGGUGCGUGCUGUGACGUGUCGUUCGUCAGGUGGGUUAGUGAUGUCAGAGGAGCAGUGUGACCAAUCACUACGUCCACUGGCCAUCUAUCCCUGUGGGGACAGAAACUGCGCCCCACACUGGGUGGAACAAGAAUGGCAGCAGUGUAACGCCACCUGUGGCCGGGGGGUGCGACAGCGUCAGGUGGUGUGUGCUGGGCUGGAAGGUGGUGUGUUCAAAGAGUUUCCAGACAGUAGCUGUGACCAAAAUAACAAACCAGAUACCAGCUCCUCCUGCUUCCAGAGACCCUGUACCAAAUGGUUCACCACAUCCUGGUCCCAGUGCAGUAAGACCUGUGGGAGUGGUGUCCAGGUUCGAGAAGUCAAGUGUUACCAGGGGGAGGAGCUGGUAACCAGGGGCCACAGCUGUGACUCAGCCCUCAAGCCAGAAGCCAGACAGAGCUGUGAGAUCCAGAGCUGUCCGACAGACGCCCCAGCAGCGGCUCCAGUAGCAUCAGUAGCGGUAGACGACUCCUGCCAAGAUAAGCCAACAGCCAACUGUGCCCUCGUCCUCAAAGUGAAACUGUGCUCCCAUUGGUACUACAGAAAGGCCUGUUGCCAGUCCUGUAAGGCACCAAGACCCUGAGGUGUCAACUGUAACCUCCCUCCUUGACCCCUCAACACCAACCACUGGUCACACCACAUAAUUUUUGGUGCUACACAAAAGCCUGCUGCUAGCAAUGUAUGGCCUUAGGACAUCAACAUUUACCAUAUUAAUGUUAGCCUACCACUGAUGUCAAAGGUCAAUCCGUGGUCACUGCCUUUUACUUGUCAAUGUUAUUCUUUAACUCAUCUUCUCUCAGUCUCCUAGAAGUGAAUCCUUUGUUUGAGGAAGCAUCAUCACUACUAAGAAUAAUGCAAUCAUAAUGACUCGUAGUGCAAACACUUCUACAGUACAAGUAGUUUUGAAGACAAAGCACUGUAGCAAUAUUUUACAACUGAAAAUUUACAGACAACAGACAAGCUCCUCAGACAGAGGCCCUGACCACCUCCUACCCAGACAAUGUGAAGAUAGACUAGCUUUAGACACCCUGGGAUGUCUGCUCAUCUGUUUACUCACCUCUACAACAGCACAGGCAAAUCAGCCUUUUAAAAAUAACCUUCCUCCAGUGUUUCCAGUACUUUAUUUUGUAUCUCACUAUUUUAAGGGAUAAGAUCCCUUACGAACUCUUGUUCUGUGUGUCACUCCAAGUAUGCCCCCUAAAGUUCUGUUUAGUAAAUGUCUAUAAUCUAUCAUUACCUCAAUCCUUUCUUUAAGGUGCUAUGUUCCAUGAAGAAAUGGUGGAUCCAAAGUUAAUGAAAGACCUAAUGCAGCUUUGUUGUUAGUGUGGCAUCUGGCCAGGACAGACAAGACCAGGGAAACAUUGUGACUGGGGUUCUCAGUGUUUAGUCCUGUCCUGCUUUACAUAAACAGCCUCAUACAGACUGUUGGGUUUGGCUUUACUGCUGGUGCAUUGAUGAUUUGUAAAUAUGCUAUUUUUCUUCCACUGUCCAUUUUGACUACAAAACAAGCUGGAGCUUUAUCCUCAUCCAGCAGGCGCUCCAAACAAACUUUGAGUUAACUGCACAUUAAGACAGUUAUCAUUAAUUCAACUCACUGCAACAUUAGCUGACAGAAGAAAUCCCAUUCAUUCAUUCAAUGCAUAAUCUCAAAAAAUCUACGAUAAACACACUCCUUUAGAUGCUGACACUACACUACACCAACAAAACUCACUGACUCUGUUGUCAUUCAGAGACAAUCAUGAGGAUGUGUCCUUUAUACCAGCAAGCACCAGUCUAGCUUUAGUCUAAACCAACCGCUUAGUGUUUUACGUAAAAAGUUGAACUUUUGAAGCAAUUUGUUUAUAAGAAAUUGUUUAUGGUCCAAUCCAGACUGCGAUCAGAAUCAUCAUCAUCAGCUUCAUCCCUGUCGGUCCUAAGUUGAUAUAUGUUCAUUGUGUUUUGAGCCUUGCUUAGCACAAAGCCUGGGGGUAGUUAGAAACCACUGGCAUACUGUAUAUAACAAACCUAUCUGUCGGGAAUGAAACAAAUCUUCAAACAACUCUUCAGCUGUUAUUUAAGCAUUUUUUCAAGCCGUUGUAGUGUGUCAUUCUUAAGGAGCAUACUUUGGACAGUUAGAAACAGUAUUACUAUCCAAUCCUUGAAGCAAUUGAGUCAAUGAAAGUGCUGUGAAAAGCAUCAUCUGCAGGUACAUGAGUUCUUAAGAACCUGAGUACUUUCAUGUCAACGUUUCACAUGUGACAGCUCGAGUUGAAACUAAAUGGAACUGCAUUACUGUUGAGUUACUGCACAAGCAGAGCAGAAACAGUGGAGGAACAGGAACGUGGUGCUGCAGAAUGCUGGGGCCAAACUCAUCUAUCCAAAACACUGUGUGAACAUGACUGUCAGUGUCACUCAGUCCCAGAGUGUUGUUUACCUAUUGUUACACUGCCCACAGAGCUGCUGUUGUUUUUGUUUACUGUAUUACACAUAAAUAAUAAAAGAGCAGCUGUUUUUGGA